CAGAGUUAGUGAGAGAGAGAAACAGAGAGAACUUCCUUCCGUUUGUUCACUCCUCAAAUGACCGCUACGGCUGGCGCUGCUCCGAUCCGAAGCCAGGUGCUAGGACACUGAGCAGUCAAUGCACAUGUUGGACAUAUUUCCAUCUUCCGGAAGCAGUGGAGUGAAUGAACCUUGUAGCUAUGGCCUGCCCAGCACUCAACACUUCACUCAGGGCACAGACAUGUUGGGGGCCCCCUUACUGCCUGCUGAGGCACCCAUGCUGGGUGAGGGAGGAGUGGGGUCGCAGUUUGGCAUGAACCUGCAGGAGCAUGGCAUGAGCUACAGCUCCCAGGCCACUUUGCCUUCUCCACAGAUGAUUUACAACCAGGGGGUGCUCCCCCCUCAGCCAGGCAUGAUGAUGCCUCAGAUGAUGCCCUUAGAGCCCAGGAUUCCAGAGGUAAACAUGCCCUCCAGUGGGAGUCUAGGGCUGCCCCCUAGCGGACUGCCAGUGUCUGUGUCCAAAGGGAUCCCAGAGAUGUCCCACAACAGGGCCCCGAUGAUGCCUUCCUCUGACCCCCUAGAGGGACCUUCUAACUGCGCCUCUUUAGCACCUAAAAUGUUGCAGACCCCAACCAUACCUUCCACCGAGGCUCUGUCUGCGCUCCCCUCUCUGGCUCAAGUGUUGCCCCCCAGGGAGCCGCACAACCUCAGGAUACCCGCAGCUGGGUCCCCAUUAUGGCUGCCUUUAGAAUCUCAGGGAUCCUUUGUGAGCCAACCAGCCCCCCAGGAAGACUUCUUCCUACUUGAGCAGCCUACACCUGCAGCACAGGGAGUGGACAACUCCUGGGCCCAAGAAAGGGAGCCCAGCAGGAGGUCCCCGGUUUCAAGGCCUUACAUCUGCCAGUACGAGAACUGUGGAAAAGCUUACACCAAGCGGUCACACCUCGUGAGUCAUGAGCGCAAGCACACAGGUGACAGGCUCUAUAAAUGCCAGUGGGAAGGCUGUAACUGGUCUUUCUUCCGAUCUGACGAGCUCACACGACACUCACGGAUACACACCAGAUACCGACCACACAGAUGUGAGCAGUGCGGCCGACAGUUCAUGAGGUCUGACCAUCUCAGACAACACCAAAGGAUUCAUCAGCGGAUGCCAGGAUCUCCAGACCCGCAGGCUGACGGCGAACAGAUGGAUAAUAUUCUUCUUCCUGGCCUUUAGGUCAACGUCCUCUUCUGUAUGCAAAUCCUGCCUACCCCUGCCCAGCUCAUGUCCUUGGUAGGUGUAGGCUUGCAUGAUGACAGAGAAGAUUAUAAGGCUUUUUUAAAGUCCAAAUGCAGCUCUGGACUCAGUCAGGGUCCCCUCAAAAACCUCCACAACGAUUUCGAUGCCCUCACCUCUUUGGAGCCACCUGCUUCUGCCAAUGUGAGACAGAUGGAACGUGGAGCACAGCAGAGACUGGAGCUCAUUGAAAGGUUCAUCAUCUCAUGUCACUCCCCAGCUUGAAAGCCCUCAGCGACUGUUUCGCCUGCUGAACAAAACCUGACUUCUCUUUCCUGAUCGCUCAGUUUCCAGAGCCAGACCAUGUUGAAGCCCUGAGCGUAGCACUUCCUAGUCCUGUGCCUUUGGGAAAGAUCUUGGAUCACUAUGCUUUAUUUCCUGUUCUGGAAACUGAGAAACCCAACAGUGGCCUGUGUUGGACCUGUCAUAUGGACAGCGUCAGAUUCUCUCUGGCACUCACCUGCCACACGUCUAGAGUUUUUGUGUUGUCACCAUUUCAGACACGGAUGGCGUGCCCCACCGCAGGGCAUGGAAGGCAGAGUCCACUGAGCAACUGCUAGCAACGUGGGACUGCAGGGACGUUAACAGCCAUGGGUGCAAUUUGACUAAAGGGAAUGGAAAGUAGCAGAGAGCCAGGCAGAU